AAAGAAAGAUUAAAAAAAUAAAAUAAAAAGAAGCAAGGAGUAGCCUGUAGCCCCAAUUUCGUGUCGCUUUUUGGCGGUUUUGAGGCUUUUCGGUUUCGAACAUUCGCUCGAAUUUAUCUGACAUCUCUUUCUCGCUCUCUCUCUACUGCUCACAGAAUUUCUGAGCUCACAGAUCAGAGAGUUUGAGCUCGUUGGGGCUAACUUUACUGAUGAAUAAGGCAAAACGACUAAAGUGGUGCAUAUAUGAAUCUGUAAGGCCAAGCUUAAGAGUAUAAAUGAAAUGGAGAAAGAAGCUCUGCAUAAGAAGGUUGCCAACGUUGAGUGCCAGAAGGUAAAGAAAGAUGAAUCUUGUGUUUCUGCUUUAGAAGAUGAAGCAAUUGAAGUUGAGCACUUACUCGCGGAACCAAAAAAUGAGCAUGUUUCAGUAGAUGGAGUCUUAAGUUUUGGUGAGGAGAGUCUGGAAAAAUGCUUUCAAAUUGAAGAUUUUUCGUGUGGAUUUGGGUUUGGACUAGCAUUGAAUAAUGGUGGUUUGGAUUCUAAUACAACUCAGGAAGGAGAAGACUUACAACUUGAAGUUCUUGAUGGAUUGCUGGAUGAACUUGAUGAAGUGGAUGAUCUGGAUGCAACAAAUGGUCUCUCCAGCGCAUGUGACUGUGAAGAUUUUCUUCUGGACAUUGAAUUUGCUGAAAAGGCUUCCAAAUUGGAUUCUGGUCCCAGUGAGGCAACGUGUUUGGGAAACUCAAGUUCAGAGAGUCAGUCUCCUGGAUUAAGUGGAAGUUGUAAUGGUGCUGUAGGGAUAUCAGAAUCAUCAACCGCAACUAUUCUAGAAUCUGAAUGCAAGAAUGAUGCUCUUGACAAGAUAGUAACUUGCAAGUUGCAUGGUGGCUUCAUGAGCAAAUGUGGGUGUCAACCACCAGCUGAAGACAGUAUCCACAUGGCUUCAAUUGAGUUAAGAAAACUUGAUGACUUGGAUCAUGACGAAAAUCUUUUAGCGUGUGGUAUCUUGUCUACUGGGACUGGAAAGCGAUCUUUAGAAGUGAGCAGGAUUGAUGAAUUUAGAGAGAAGAGAUUGCGUAAGCCUACUCGAAGGUACAUUGAAGAGUCUUCAGCUAAAAAGUCAGGAUAUUUGAAGGGAAGAGAAAAAUAUCCUGUGGCAUCUACAAAAGAUACAGGUCUGAAGGUCAAAUCUUGUAAUGAACUUCAUAAUACAGGACGUAGAGGAUCGACCGUGAUUCAUGAGGGGAAAUCUUUAUGUGGUAUUAGAGUGCGGAGGGGACGUCCAAAGAAACUGGUGCCACAAUCGGGGCUUGAAUCUGACAAGGAGCCUCUCUCAUCUGAAUCUGAAGAUAACUGUGGAACGAGAAAGAAAUCUAAGACGCAUGAUAGGAGGAAGCAUCAAAGGAUGUGGACUCCUUCCGAGGUGAUAAAGUUGGUUGAUGGUAUUUCUGAAUAUGGAGUUGGCCGAUGGACUGACAUAAAAAGGCUCCUGUUUUCAACAAGUGCUUAUCGCACACCCAUUGAUCUCAGGGACAAGUGGCGAAAUCUUUUAAGAGCUAGCGGUGCUGAAAAACCAAACAAGAAAGGGGUUGAGCAAAAGCAGGAGCAUUCCUUGCGGCCCUUACCAAGUUCCUUGCUACGCAGAGUCCGUGAGCUGGCCAAAAUUCAUCCGUAUCCAAGGGUGCGCAUCUCUAAGAAAUCAUGCAUUGGCCAAGUUGCGCCUGCAAUGCAUCCUGGUGCAUGUAAAAGUGCUCCUCCAUCUAGUCUUAGCGGGAGAAGUGUGCGAAGGAAGAAUUUUACUUGAAGCACCAUUUCCAUCUGCAGGAAAGCAAUGCUUAAGAAAAUUUACAUUAAUCUUAGUUGUAAAAAAUCUGCAUUUUCAUUUACAGUAUCUUCGUUAGCUAUGCUUUACACAUAAACAUCUAAUUUUCUGAUAAUUAUCGAAAUUCUGGUUAGAGAAAUGUGAUGUAUGCUAGCAUAAGUGUUUCCAAAGUUUAAAAUUAAAACUGCCGGGAAACAUCUAGAUGAUGUUUAUGCA